UGGACCCAUCGUAUAUGCAUCCUGCCUCUCAUGGUUUGCGCCAAAAGGAAAUAUAAGGCAAUCAACUCUCACUGCAAAUCCAUCUACACGCCAGUCUCAAAUCUCUCAGGGAACCAUGGAAUUUAUUCUUGAACAGGGAAAACAGCUACAUGCAAACUGCACUACACUGAUUCUGCCCGCAUUGUCAAUUGGGAACGUUGGGCAACUCUCCAUCGAUUUAUUGAUCUCAUCUUUAAAAGCAGAAAAAAUUGGUUACCUAGAUGAACCUUCGAUUCUUCCAUGUGUUGGAAAUGACGCUUAUGGGGUUGGUCCCGAAGGAGUUCUUGCUUUACCACUUGAAGCAUACGAUUCUUGUUCUGAAUCGUUGAGUCUUAUACAGCAAAGAUCAGCAGUUGUUCAGGGAAUGAUGACCGAGUUUGCAAAGAAUUUGGCGAACUUUGCAGUUGCAAGUGGAAAGAAGCACGUUGUUGUUCUCUCCAGCUUAGAUUCUGGACGAAGGCAAAAAAUUGAUUUGUCAAGUAAUAUGCAGAUAUAUUACCUUUCAAGUACCAAUAUAGAUGGAACAGAUAGUGACUGUGAGAAGUUAGGGUGGAAAAGACUCCAAGAGUAUGAUCCUGCCCAGAGACGUUGGAAGUAUCUCAGUGCUUUAGCUGAUGGAGUUUCUAUGCAAGAAGAAAGUUCAUCUUUUGAGGAGGAGGAUGUUCUUGAUGAAGAUUACUAUCCGAGUUUGCCUUUUGCUGCUCUCUUUUCUUGUUGCAAGGCAAAAGGUUUGAAGGUGACUUGCAUAUUUUUCUACUGCUCAGAAGGAGACAACAUACCAGACUCUUUCCUUUUGGCAGAGGCUUCAUGUAAGCUCCUGGGGAAGAACCCGUACAAGUCCAACGGUAAUGGUGAAAAUGGAUGGGUUAUUCCGUACUCAUGGAGGACAAUGUAUGGGCCUCCACCAGACAUGUCACUCUUUUAAUUUGUUGGUCUUGAUAUUCUAAAAAGAGUCAUUCUGCAUGCCAGAGAAAUGGGAAAAAUUGCUGAAACAAGAAACGUUCUUGCAUCAGUUGUCAGUUUAUUGGGGAAGAUUUUUAUAAAUUAGUUGUCAUCUGUUUUCCUGCAUAAAUUUUGUUGGGGAAACAGAUUCUCAUAUCUGCGUAUAGAGUGUUUAGAUCGAUUUUGGUUACAUAUUCAGAUACUAUGAUGGAUACAUUGGAUGCCAGGAAAGGGGUUCAAACUCCACGGUGAAGGAAAUUUCUUAAUUAUGCUCUUUUCCAGAAGUCUUGCAGUCUUUGCAGUGGGUAUAAUGAUGGAAACUAAAAGACAGAUUAGGUAAGAGAGGAAGAAAGUGUCUUCAUUCCUGGUGUAGGAUGUCUUAUUGUCUUUGGUCAAUGAUUGUCACAGGAAUAGGCACCUAAUAGAAAAAUAAAAAAUAGAUAAAACACAAAACACGGA